AUGGCCUCACUUGUGCAAAAGAUAUUCCACUCAGAGAUCCACACACAUAACAUAUCCAUAUAACUCUUGGCUAAUAACCCAAGCAUCAAACAGACACCUUGAUACAAUUCCCAUGAUGAAACCAAUUCUCAGCAAACCUCUUUACUUUUCCUUGUUUGUGCACCUGAUCAUUGUCACCGUGCUCGCAGCCAGCGAUCCGCAACCUAUCUACUCUCCGGUUGAAGAUAUCACCGUUAAUUGUGGCGAUUCCGGCAACAAGACCUUUGAAGAUGAUGGCCGAAAUUGGAUUGGAGAUGUCGACUCAAGAUUUUCACCGUUUGAGCACCAAGCAGUUGGUAACAAAUCCGAAUCCAAAGAAGCACCUCAUUCGUACCCCGUCAAACCAUUUCCUUACACCACAGUGCGGCUUUCUCGCUCUGAAUUUACUUACAGUUUUAAACUCAGUAGCGGCCAGAAGUUCAUCCGCUUGUAUUUCAACCCAGUUUCCUAUGGCCCUGACUUUGACCAAUCCAAAGCCCUCUUCUCAGUCAAAGCAGGGAACUUUACCCUUCUCCACGACUUCAAUGCUUCAGUCACUGCCGAAGCGUUUAAUUUUACCAAAAUAAUAUACAGAGAGUUCUGUUUGAACAUUGAUGAGGAAGAGAGCUUGAACAUCACAUUUACUCCGAGCAGAAAAAUCCCAGAUGCAUAUGGCUUUAUCAACGGAAUUGAAAUUGUGUCCAUGCCCACCAAUCUUUACUACAGUCCGCCUGAAAUCGAAAGCUCCCAUGAGAUUAAAUUGGUUGGCAGUGAAACCAAUUUUCACAUCGAAAACAGCACUGCUUUGCAGAUGAUGUACCGAAUAAACGUCGGUGGCAAGCCGCUAUGGUUCAAAGAUGACACGGGCAUGUACCGCAAUUGGGGUGGUUCUGCAGAUGAGCUAUAUUACUUGGACCAAUUAAGUGUUACGAGAAGCGUUGAACCACAAAACGUUAGUACUCAACUCAACUUUUCUGAAAUAUCAGCGAACACAGCACCAGAGGAAGUGUACCAAUCGGGCCGGUCGAUGGGCACCAACGAUACCUUAAACAAGAGCUACAAUCUCACCUGGGUUUUUCCCGUAGAUUCCAAGUUUUAUUACCUGGUUAGGCUCCAUUUUUGUGAGUUUCAACAUGCAAUUAACCAGACUUACGACAGGACGUUUGCAAUCUACAUGGACAAUCAAACUGCUGAAACAAAUGCUGACAUAAUUCAAUGGAGUGGUGGAAAUGACAGACCAGUGUACAAAGACUACGUGGUAUUUAUUCAUGAAGGACACGAGUAUCUUUUUCUCGCACUGCGUGCAAAUCCAAAUGAUCAGACGACGACAUACAGCGAUGCACUCUUGAACGGGCUGGAAAUCUUUAAACUUGACUCGGAAGGAAAUCUCGCCGGACCAAACCCAGUUCCACCUCCUAUGAUCCUACCAAAGGGGCCCUCAAAACCCAACAGCAACAACAAGAAGUCAAGGCCUCCUAUGCUUGCCAUUGUCGGUGGUGUUGUAAUUUCCAGUACACUUGCAGCGCUAUGUGCACUCGGGUUCUUGGUUUUCAGGCAAAGGCGGAAAGCCAAGGAGUCCGACUGGUCCAGCCACGGAAAGACGAACUCAACCAACACUCGCGGCUCAUCUUUACCCUCCGAUUUGUGUCAUCACUUUUCACUAGCGGAGAUCAAGGCCGGCACCCAAAACUUCAACGAUAUUUGUAUUAUUGGGCGUGGCGGGUUUGGCAACGUGUAUAAAGGAUACAUCGAUGAUGGAGCCACCCCCGUUGCAGUCAAACGGCUGAAACCAGAGUCGUCACAGGGGGCCCACGAGUUCAAGACAGAGAUCGAGAUGCUCUCUCAACUCCGCCACCGUCAUUUGGUUCCACUCAUUGGGUAUUGUAUGGAUGAAGGUGAGAUGAUCUUGGUGUAUGAAUACAUGGCACAUGGGACCCUCAGAGACCAUCUUUACCACACAGAUAAUCCAACUCUUUCUUGGGAAGAAAGGCUUCAGAUUUGUAUUGGCGCAGCACGGGGAUUACACUACCUUCAUACCGGUGCCAAGUACACCAUCAUCCACCGUGAUGUAAAGAGCACAAACAUUUUGCUAGAUGAAAAGUGGGUGGCCAAGGUUUCGGAUUUUGGGUUGUCAAAAAUGGGCACAAUCACUAUGUCCAAGACCCACAUCAGCACGAUGGUGAAGGGUAGUUUUGGGUAUCUAGAUCCCGAAUACUACCGCCGUCAACAACUCACUGUGAAGUCUGAUGUGUACUCAUUUGGGGUAGUCUUAUGUGAGGUGUUGUGUGCGAGGCCAGCUUUGAUUCGUACGGUGGAGAAGAAGCAAAUGAGCUUGGCUGAGUGGGCCAAGAACUGUCACCGAAAUGGGGCACUUGAGCAAAUCAUUGAUCCGAGCUUGAAGGGUAAGAUUGAAACCCACUGCUUCAAUAAAUUCGCCGAGAUUGCAAUGAGUUGCGUGCAUGAUAAUGGGAUUGAAAGGCCAUCAAUGAAUGAUGUAUUGAGCGGGCUUGAGUAUGCAUUGGAGCUUCAACGGAGCGCUGAUAGGGAUAUCAUCAACAACACUAAUACUGGAAGGAAGAAGGAAGAUGAGGUUGCUCUCGCCAAGGACAUGCAAGGGUUUAGUUCUAGUGAGAAAAGUUGUGCGACCAGUGAAUCCAUUACAAGGAUGCAGAUGUCCGGGACAAUCUUUUCCGAGAUCAAUGAUUCGGAGGGCAGAUGAUGAUGAGGAGCAUUAACUCACCAAAUAAUCUGCCUAAAACCGUGGCAUGGCAUGGAAUAAAUGGCGAAAGCAGUUAGUGUCACAAAGAUCAGAUGAUGUUUCUCACUCAUUCCCCCAUUACUAUUCUUAGUUUUUAGGUCAUGUUUUCAUCUGCCUCUUUAAAAUUCGAGUUGUUAUUUUGAAUUUUGAGGUGAUUUGAGAGGUUUAUUAUUAUUAUUAUUAUUUUAAAUAAAGAAAGAUGUUAUACUAGCAAGACUUUUUUGUUAACAA